AUGGCGGAAAAACACCUACACUCUUCCGACCCGGAAUUGGCCGGCGUCCCUUCACGACACAGCUCGUCCGAGAGGAAAAACGAUGCCUAUAUGGAGGGUGCCGCUGUCCUUGGUGGUGAGGACGAAGCGGCCAGUCUUAAGUCGCGUCACAUUCAGUUCAUUGCUCUGGGCGGAACUAUUGGUACCGGUCUCUUCCUCGGUAUCGGAAAUGCCUUCACCCACGCUGGCCCUCUCUCCAUCCUGCUCGGUUAUACCUUCACCGGUCUCGCUGUUUUCGGUAUGAUGCAGUGUCUUGGUGAGAUGGCCACAUGGCUUCCUCUUCCCGGUGCUAUCCCUCAGUUCUGCGCUCGAUACGUCGACGAUGCUCUCGGUUUUGCUGUCGGUUGGAAUAACUGGUACUCCGCCGCCAUCACUCUAUGCGCCGAAAUCUCGGCCGCCUCUCUUGUCAUCGGCUUCUGGGAAGGUGCUCAAAGCGUCAACGUCGCCGUAUGGAUCAGCAUCAUCUGGGUUGUCAUCAUUUUCCUCAACAUCUUUGCCGUUUCCCUCUACGGCGAGGCCGAAUUCUGGUUUGCAUCUAUGAAGCUUAUUACCAUUGUCGGCCUGCUCAUCAUGGCCUUCAUUGUCGACCUUGGCGGAAACCCGCGCCACGAACGUCUUGGUUUUCGCUACUGGAAGAACCCGGGCGCCAUGAAAGAGUAUCCACCCCAGGUCCACGGCGACCUUGGUCGCUUUCUGGGUCUCUUUUCUACCCUCGUCAACGCUGCCUUCUCCUACGGCGGUGUGGAAAUGGUCGCCGUUGCCGCUGGUGAGGCCGAAAACCCACGCAAAAACAUCCCCAAGGCCGUUCGUCGUGUCUUCUGGCGUAUUCUCUUUUUCUACGUCUUGGGUUCUCUCGCCAUUGGUGUCCUUGUGUCUUCCAACGACAAGGGCCUCCUUGAUGCUCAGGCCGAAGGCCGCUCCGACGCUGCUGCCUCCCCAUGGGUUAUCGGCAUCAAGAACGCUGGCAUCUCCGUCUUGCCCUCCAUCAUCAACGCUGUCAUCUUGACUUCCGCGACUUCCUCUGGCAAUGCCUUCCUUUACACCGGCUCUCGCUACCUCUACGCUUUGGCGCAGAACCGUCAGGCCCCACGUAUCUUCCUCACUUGCAGCAAGAAGGGUGUCCCCUAUUACGCCGUUGCCGCCACGGCUAUCAUCGGCGGUCUCACUUACCUCUCUGUCGAUCCCAAUGGUGGUGCCGCAAAGGCGUUCAGCUGGUUCCAGAACUUAACGACCAUCGCUAGUCUCUUCACCUGGUGCUCGAUCUGCGUUGCUUACCUUCGCUUCUACAAGGCGCUAAAGGCUCAGGGCAUUAGCCGCGAUACAUUGGUCUUCAAGAGCAGGUUUCAACCAUACACGGCAUGGUUCGCGCUUAUCUACUUUGCUAUCAUUAUCAUUUUCAGCGGGUUUGCUGUCUUCAUCAAAGGCAAUUGGGGUGUCGCUGAUUUCAUCGCUGCCUACAUUGGCAUCCCCAUCUUCUUCCUUCUCUACGGUGGCUGGAAGAUUAUCAAGCGACCGAAGGUCAUAAAACCAUUGGAGGCCGAUCUCACGACUGGAAAGGCGGCGCUUGAUGCAGAGGAUGAGCAUUGGCAGAGAGAGUAUAAGCCUCCUGUCACCAUAAUUGAAAAGAUUUGGGAUUGGUUGGCGUAA